AUGGUGAACUUUGCCCAAGCUGUGCGUGAUCACUGGGUCCACAUCCUUGUUCCCUUGGGAUUCGUGAUUGGAUGCUACUUGGACAGGUGGAACGAUGAGAAGCUGUCGGCCUUCAGGAACAAGAGCCUGCUGUAUCAGAGAGAGCUGAAGCCUGGUGAAGAAGUGACAUGGAAAUAA